CCCCAAACCCCAACCUCAACCCCAAAUCCCAACCCCAAAUCCCAACCCCAAACCCCGACCUCAACCCCAAAUCCCAACCCCAAAUCAACCCCGAGCCCAACCCUACCUCAAACCUCAAAUCCAGCUUCAACCCUAAACCCAACCUCAACCUAA